AUGGUAUGGUAUCAGAAGUUUGAGUAUGCGGUGGGCCACUGGCUUCAGAAGACUGCAGAGCACGUGUUUGGUUGCGUGCUCUGCAGCCCCGGCUGCUUCAGUCUGUUCAGGGGCGCAGCCCUCAUGGAGGACAACGUCAUGAAGAGAUACACCACUAAGUCCACAGAGGCUUGCCACUACGUACAGUACGAUCAAGGUGAAGACCGCUGGCUGUGCACUCUCCUGCUGCAGCAGGGCUGGAGGGUGGAGUACAACGCUGCGUCCGAUGCCUACACCAACGCCCCCCAGGACUUCAAGGAGUUCUAUAACCAGCGGCGGCGCUGGGGGCCCUCUACCAUGGCCAACACCAUCGAUCUGCUGGGCUCAGGGUCUCUGACCUCCCAGAGGAACAGCUCCAUCUCCAAACCCUUCAUCAUCUACCAGAUUCUCAGCAUGGUUGCCUCCAUCCUAGGCCCGGCCGCAAUCUGCCUAAUGAUCUCAGGUAGUUAUUGUAGCCCAUUUAAGCUUAAUAUCCUUGUCGCUCUGUUACUUGCAACAGCGCCCCCUGUGGUGUACCUGUUGCUGUGCUUCAAGCUGAAAUCGGACACACAGAUCGCCAUAGCAGCCGUCAUGAGCGUCUUGUACGCUUUCCUCAUGAUAGGAACCGCUUUGUCCAUCAUAGGUUCUAUGGUUGUCCAGCAGACCAUUUGGAUUCCUAGCGGCCUGUUUAUCAUAGGCCUGGUGCUGAUGAACAUCAUCACAGCAGCGCUCCACCCCAAGGAGUUCCAUCUGGUCAUCUACGGCAUCCUCUACUUCAUCUCUAUCCCCAGUGGCUACCUCCUGCUGACUAUCUACUCAAUGGUCAACUUGAACAAUGUGUCCUGGGGCACUCGGGAGACAGGUGGCCAAAUCGCUGCAACAUCACCAGCCAAGGCCAUCACACAGCACAUCCUACAGGCCAAGUUCUGCAAGUUUCUCUGCUGGGACAGUGGCAAAGUUGCAGACCAGAAUGACCAGGUGCCAAAAACUGUUGUGAUGGCUGAUAAGCCAAAGGUGAAGCAUGAUCUGACCUCUCAGGACAAUAACAGUAUCUUCAAUGAGGAGGAUUCAUGCAUCUUCAGAGAGAGCCCACAUCUCUCAUGCCAGAGGAUCCUGCACACCCCUUACGGAGGUCGACUGGAAUACACUCUCCCUUAUGGCAACCUGCUGAUGGUGCACUUUAAGGACAAGCUACUGAUCCGCCACAAGAAGAGAUGGUCUCAGUUGGUAGCACAUGGUGCAUAG